CCACUUCAACACAGCACCAGAAUACUUUCAUUCACAUCAAGAGCAACAUGAAGCUUGCCUUGUCAACAGUAACUCUCUUCCUCUUCCUCUUCACCUUCUCCACAAAAGCAUCAGGGUUAAGGGCAGACACACCAGAAGCGGUGGUUGAUAUCUCCGGCGAAGAGCUAAAAGCCGGUGCAAGCUAUUAUGUCUUUCCGGCCACCGGAGGGAGAGGUGGGCUUUCUUUCAACACCUUCGGAAACGACACCUGCCCCCAUGUCGUUGUGCAAGAAUGGUCUGAACUCUCCAAAGGCAAGCCAGUGCAGUUCUUGCCUUUAAACCCUGAGAAUGAUGCCGUUUUCACCUCUACAAAUCUCAACAUCAAGUUCAGUGAAAUGAUUUCAAUCUGUGUCGAGUCCGGGGUUUGGAAAAUAACCAAAAGGAUAAGUGAAGCAAGGCAUGUGGGCACUAAUGGCACUGCAGGGGCGAAUCAAGAUUUUGUCAACUGGUUUAUGAUUGAGAAAGCAGAAACUGAGGGUGCUUAUAAACUCAAGUUUUGCCCUAACGCACCAUAUAUUGUAUGUCAGGAUCUUGGAAUAUUUUAUUGGGGUGAUGAUGGGAAAAGGUAUGUAGGUCUCGCAAAUCCUGGUGAGUUUGAGCCACUCACAGUUGUGUUCCAGAAGGCUAAUGAUGUCAAUGCUGUAAUGAGCAUCUAGAUGAGAAGUUUCGUCCGACUUCUUAUAAGCCAAUAAUUAAGUCUCUCUUAUCAAGUUGGUGAGUAUCACCAGCGUAAUAAUGAUGAUAAGAGCUAUCAUGUACUAGGGUUAUGUUGAUUAUGGAAUAAAUGGUUAAGUAUUUCGUCAUAAUCCAUUUAUGCAACGAUGCUUUUC